AUGACUGAAGACUCCCAAGCCCACAUGGACCCUGACGUUGACGGCCCCGAUGAGGGAUCCGAUGGACCCCAGAAUACCUCUAAUUUGACUAUUCGACGAGCAUGCGAUGCAUGCAGGACUCGCAAGAUCCGCUGCGACAGAAACUCGCCCUGCUCUCAUUGUGUGCACGCAAAGAUACCCUGCACACAUCAUGAAACUCGCCCAAGGGAAAAGAGAACUCGGAUCCUCCUCUCAGCCCAAUAUGAGAAAAAGAUUGAUAUUAUCGAUCGUCGUCUUGAGACACUCACGGAACUUAUGCGAGAUAUGAAGACGAAUAUGUCAUCUGCAAACUCUCAACCUAGCCAGAAUACCACCCCAAAUUCUGAUCCUCCACGUCAAUCGCCAGCCCAGAGUUCAACCUCAACACAUUAUGGACACCUUGCUCAAUUGACUGCUGACAGUCCUGUCAUCGAGGGAGAGUCUUCUUUGGCUGCCCAUGGCGAAUUCGCAAAUGAGUUUCUCAAGAAUGCUGUCGGUACCGAGUCUCUACAAGGUGCUAGCCUUGAGUUACGUGAGACUUUAGAUUCACUUCACCAUAUCGUCAGUUCGUUGAAACAACAAACUGCUGCCACGGAGAUGUCUUUUCCAUAUGCCAGGCCGGUGCCACGUCCCCCGUUCAAAACUAAUAGCCUGCCACCGAUUCAAACAGCCGUUGCCCUCAUACGGGAAUGCGAAACCGAGAAUUCAGAAAUUUCAGCCUGGAUAAGGGAGUUUUUUUCGAUGGAAAGCUUCUCUGGAAUGUGCCUGCACGUGUAUUUCUCUGAGGAUAUCACAGAUUCUGAUUACAUCCUCGUGAAUAUCGGCCUAAUGUACAUGUUCCAGGAUCGCCAGCAACGAGUAACGGACAAGAAAGAGCUUGAAGAGAACGAAGAGUACACCAAGGCACUCCGGCAAAACGCAGAGACGGCGCUAGCUAAUCUACCUUUCCAUCUGCCCGCUACUUCCAACAUGAUUUCUGCCCUGCUACUUGGAGCUUUCUAUGCCAUUGAAAUAUCGAAGCCAUCACUGUCAUGGGCUUUGUCAUGCAAAGCAUCAGAGCUAUGUCAAACUCUAGGAUACCACCGUGUAUCAACUAUGAAGAACGAUAAGCCUCGCGACGCGCAGCGCAAGCAGUUUCUCUUCUGGAAUACAUAUUUCAUCGACAAGAGUCUUUCUCUCCGUCUUGGAAGAGCGUCUACUAUUCAAGACUGGGACGUCACUGUGCCUAUGUUCUCCGAGGAUCCUGCAAAUGCUACUCCCUUGUCCCCUUUCAUCUCACUUUGGAUAGCCACAGCUCGAUGUCAAGGACAAAUAUAUGAGCUACUGUACAGUCCUGGUUCGAUGGAAGAACUAGACGAUGCGAGGAGGCUCCGCUCCCAGAAACUGGUGUGCGAUUUGCAAGACAUUGGUAGAAGAAGUAGAGAACUAGCUAAGAAUCGUGAGAAAGAGGUCAAAACGAAGCUUGGAGAGUAUUUCAUAGAAUUCAUCAUCAUAUCUGACGACGUGCUCCGGCUCUCGCUCCUCACUCUUAUUUACCGAGCAACUCCUGCUCCUUCAGGGUCUCGAGGAACAUUCAUCCCAGAGUGUAUCGAGGCUGCACGCGCGACGCUACAACGUCACCAGGACUGCAUGGAUCUCUUGGGACGCGACAAUGCCUUGUACUUUCCGUCCUAUGUUCACUGGACUCUCCUCUUCGCUCCCUUCAUCCCAUUUAUUGUUGUUUUCUGUCAAGCCAUCGAAACUCAAGACCAAAGUGAUCUAGCUCGUCUGCACAACUUUUGCACAUCAGUUGAGACCACGAUAACACUGUCAGACGCGGCAGCCAAAAUGCAUCGGUUGUUCCAAGUCCUCUACACUGUAGCACUUCGCUACAUUGAAUUUCGAACAACUACACCCACUGCGGACCAGACGCAGGCAAGCGCUGAGCUCAACACAUAUCUCGCAGCACUUGGUUUCCCACCAGCUGGACUCAACAAUGGAGGGCAACAGCCCUCGCCGAUGGACGCUGCACAAGCUGGUGCUUUUUCACAGACACUAGGAGAUAUGGGAAUGCUUGAUGGUGCUGAGGGUCAGAGAGGUGCCAAUACCAUGAUGUGGAUGGGAAAUACGGCGCAGUUGGGUGAGUGGUUUAAUAGCAGCCAGCAGAUGAUGGAGUUGCUCGAGGAGCCCAGCUUCACAUUUCCUCAAUGA